GCAUCUAAAUAUAAUGAAUACAAAUGUCAAAUUGCUGUCAUAUUAUCACAAAUAAGCUUAGUACCUGUAAUAUAUGCGCAAGGUACAUACCUUAUACUCUAUACAAUAUAUUUACACAGAAAUUGUGGAACGGACACGUACGUAUAAGACCAAGCACACAGUCAGACCAUGUCGUGCAAUAAAGUAGUUAACGAAAUACAUUUAUUAAAAAUGGAUUUCAUUCAAAAUCUAUCGGAAGAAGAAUUCUUAAAAUCCACGCAAUAAUAAAGAAGCUAUAAAACUUUGAAAAUUGGUGAAAAGGGAAGCUGUCAAAUUACAGUAAUAUUGAAUUGUGACGUCACCUAGUGUCAGCGGCCAUAACGCUGCGUGAGUGCCAAAAGGAUAGCGUGAUAACCCUACCACGCCCCCACUUUUGCUCUCAACAAUAUUUCAAAUAUAAAUCACUGCUUUAUUUUUCAACCAUUUUUGAUGCUGAUUUCACAGAAGAAUUUCUUUUUCAUAAUAUGUUCUGUUACGUAUAAAAUAAUAAACUAAAUCAAACAUAGGAAACUACCCUAUUGACAUAAUAUACGCCACUCUGCGCUACUCUUUAUCUAGAAAAAGUAGUUAUACAGCUAUACUUUUAUACCUACCGGAUAAAGUGCAAAAGCUCGGGCGUUUUACGACCAAUAUGUAAUUCAUUAAUAUCUACUUAUGAAGCUAUUCACUAAGCACUACUAUAUCGUAUGAAAAGUUGGAUCGUCGCAGUCAUGCGUCUACUUCCUGCGUUGACAAUCCAAGGCCCAAUAGGUAUUGGCCUUCACGUGUACAUACAUAGCCUUCGCCAAAUUAAAUACCCACUAUUAUGUAUAUUUUGUAAUUUGAAUUUUAUACUUCAUUUUAUUAAAAAUUUGAUCACAAUAAUAUUCUACUCCAUCACAUAAGCAUUUAUCAAUCUAUUAUUUUCAUGGUAAUAUUUUAGUCUUAGCUUAAUGUUCUUAGAACCUUUUAUCUUCAGCGUUAUAAUUAGCUUUUCAGCAGUCGUCACUCUCCUUUGGCCAACAAUGCUGCCAAGAACAAGUAUAUUAGGUAGGUAACGUAGAUAGCCCGUUGAUUUGUAAAUGUACCGACCUAAAGAAAAAUACAAUUUGCAAAAUACCUUUUGCUUAUUCAUGUUUAAUACUAGUGAAUUUUGUGUUAUAUUUACGUACUAUUAUAUGUGAUUUGACCCAAAGAGAAUAGUUACUUCAAAGUGUUGAAAUAUAGGAACAUAAAGUAAUACUAUAAGGACGUACCGAACAAACAUCUCUCUUGUUAUUGUCAGGUACGUAAUAAAGAUUUUCAUUUCGAGGUGUUUGGCAAGUGACGACCUCCAAAUUAAUUACAUGAAAAACGUAGUCUGGUUUUUUGGGUCAGCAGCCACUUUAAUAGCUAACUUUGCGACAAUUGACCUCCAAGAAAGCGAGCGACAAAUUAUAGGUAUUAUGGCAAGUUUAAUAAUACUGGUACGCGUUAAUAGUUACCUAGAAAUGCUUUUAUGCGUAGUGCCAGUUAAAAUGCUAAUUACUAUAACUGUUAUAGUAUCGCUCCAACCGCCACAGGUACGCUACGCCCGCACGUGAACGGCUUUUAUACAGCAGUGUAUGUGUUUUCAUCGAUUGGUCAGGGGCGCCGGGCGGUGUGGCUUACCGUCCGAUCAUUAACCCAGUUGUGUGGCGCUACGCGGCCCGGCAGGGCACGCGAGCCCGCCGCUCGUCAUCACUCAUUCAGGCGCCAUGCAACUGCCCGAGACGCCGCCGCCGCCUCUUGCUCCUCUGUGGGACCGCGUGCUCAGGGCCCGCGCUCUCCCUCCCGACCUUGAUGUUGAGCUUCUGUACAUCGCGAUAAGAGAUCGACUCGUACAUCCGGAGUGGGAAGUCCGCUUGCACGCGCUGAGAGUUCUCGCUGAUCUUCUUCCGCUCUCGGGGAACGCUUUAUCGUUCCCAUUUGAUCAAGUUGUUGACAAUUUAGGACACAGUUCACCCAAUGUAAGAAAAGCAGCUUUGGAUGCGUUAAAAGUGUUUUGUACUCACUGUGAGGAUGUUGAAUGUGCAGCCCGAGCCAUUCUGGACAAAUGUUCAUAUCACAACAUAAGGCCUCACUCCGCUAAUGUGGACAACAAAAUUAAUGUUAUCACGGGACUAAUUUUGUCAAUACCUUCUGUGAUGGGAAUUUUGAAACGAAGACAUCCAGGACUAGAUAUAUUUCCCAUAUUCCAUAUAUUGGGUGAAAAACUUUUUGAUACUGUACAUAGGGACGUGGCACAACGAUCUUUGAUAAAAUUGCGAAGAAUUUGCGGCCCUCGUGACUAUAUGAUGACACUUUCGAGAUUAGAUCCGAAAGUACAGGAAAAAUUUCGUAUUUUAUGCGAAACAUAUGAUGAAGAUUCUAUGGACGUAUAUUACGCACCAAGAAAAUCUGCUCUAGCUUACCGUGAAAAUAAUAAUCAACCAUUAGUGAAAGUGAAUCAUGUUUUCAAUGGACCCAUUACCGCUCCGUUGCGACUGUCAACAGACUCAUCUUCGGACGAUUCCCGAUCCAGGAUACCUUUUUAUAAUAACAGUUUUGCUAAAGUAAUAAUUGAAACUGAAAUCAAAUUCGACUCCGAUACAGCCAUCACGAUGACAGUCUUGGAGGAGAACGAAGAAACUGAAAGAAAUACAGGAACUGACGACGAAUAUGACAGCUCCGAUUUAAAUAUGCUCAAAUAUAGUGAUGGAGAUUCUGAAGACACUGAUGUAGUUGUGAAAAAAGUGCGUUUUGGCGGUGAAAGUGUUAAAAUUAGAACUCCAGAUAGUGAUAAUUUAAUUACAAGUGAAGAUGAUAAUCAUAAUAAAACAAAAGAGAAGGAUCACAUAGAUAACGCUUUAACUCCAGUCACAUCAGGCAUUGUGAACAAAAUGAAUGAGAUAAAACGUGAGGCGAUGGAAAGAGAACUACAUUCGAAGCACAUAAAAAAGAGUGGAAUACCGCUGCCAGUCAUUCAAAAUAGAACAAAAAAUAUCGUGACAAAUUAUAGUAGAGUUAAAUUAAAAUCUAAAUCAUUAAGUGAACUAUACGAUUAUUUUAGAACGAAAAACGACGUUAAUGAAGGGAAACCGAAAGAUGUUUCCGGGUUCGCUUUAACGCUAACAGAAGUACAUUCACCAGAAAAAGUACCAAGUCCAGUGGAACCUCAUAAAGAAGUAGAAGUUUUACAUAAUUUACAAAGAAGUCCUGUCGUCUCACCGCGCCGUCAACAAACACGAGUAACUUUGGAAAAAGAUGGAUUCGUGUUGAAUCUUCUGGCAUCCUCCCCGCCUAGUGAUGACUUGAUGUCGCCAAGACUUCCUACUCCACUGAGGGCUCACUACGACUGGGAGGAGUUAGACAUUGUGCCGCGAUACGUGGCUGAUCAGUUGCAUAAUACGGAGAACUGGAUAGCAGCAGUGAAGGCCGCAGACCAGCUGCACAGCACGCUGCUGGACCCUGACAGCGUGCGAAGAGUGGAGCCGGCAGCUAUCUCCUUAGUGCAACACAUGUGGGCGCUCAGUGACGCGGUAGCAGCCGCCAGGGCUCCGGCGGAAGGCGCGGUAUGCGCCUUGGUCCGAGCCGCGAGCAACGACUGCGCUAGGCAGCUUCUCCCAGUCCUCAUAACCAGGAUGACCAAGGAACCUCUGCCUGCAGCCUUACCCCACGCGUUAUUGCAAAGACUUGCCCUACACCACAUAGUCGACCUCAUAUUCGACCUCAACAUGAUUGGGAUAACGGGGGACAUCGAAGAGGUUCAGAAUGCUCAGCUGCGAGCGACUCUCUGCCUGGCUAGAGCUGCAGGCCCGGCCGCCGUGCUAUCAGCUGUUAGGAGAAGGCUCGCUGGCACCACUAGAGCUGAUAUGUUUUGUAAUGAAUUACGAGACCGUUUGAGCAGGCCAGUUGAGAAUAUCAAACCGAGCUUUAUUACAAGGGGUUCCCAACUACCAGUGCCUGUGAGACGCAGAGCAAGAUCAACGCCACCUCCUGCAGGACCUCCUCCUCCAAGGAGGUUAAGACCACUGCCAGAUUCAGCACCAUUGCCCGGCAUAUCCCAACCCGGCAGAGAGUUCCUGUUGAAGCGAUUGUCGCCAAUACCUCUGAGUGACAAAGACUCGAGUGCAUUCACUGCGUAUGAUGAAAGGACGGUUCUCUCGAACGGAAAAUCGACGCCAUCAGAAAAAUGUGAAAAAAUAAUUGACGAGGCCGAAAAAGAAACAGAAACACCUCAGCCACCACUGCCGCGCUCGCCUUCGAUCUGCGUCGAAGAUUACUCUGAGAAAACGAACGUGUCGAUCGUCAGUCACGAAUUGAAGUCUUUAUCACCUUCGCAAAGGGACGACGGGACGCACUCAAGGAACGAUCACUCCAGAAGGACCUCGAUCGUCGGUACACAAUCCGCUCCAAGUUCGCCGAUUUCUAGUCGGCGCGACUCUUUCAGGAGUCGCGUCUCAUCGCCGGCAUCCGUCACGAGCGACCGUAAGACGCCGGACUCGACGGAGAUAGUCGAGGAGCAGCCGCCGCCCCGCGAGCGGGAUGUGCGCGCUGCUCUCGCCGAGUGCGUGCUGCCCGCGCGCCACGAAGACUGGGAAGCCAUCGUCGCCAGCCUCGUGGAGAUCGAGCGACUGGCGAGCGAUGCCGGAGCGCGCGCUCCCGCGGGCAGCUGGCGGGCGGCGGCGCGCGGCUCGGCGGCGCACGUGCGCUCGCUGCGGUCGCGGGUGGCGCGCGCCGCGUGUCGCACGGUAGGCGCGCUGUUCGAGCACCGCGGCCGCGCGCUAGACCCCGAGCUCGAGGAAGCGGCCGGCGCGCUGCUCGAGCGCUGCGCGGAUGCGAACAGAUUCCUGCGCGGCGACGCGGCGAGCGCGCUGUGUCUCGUGGCGUGCGGCAGCGCCACGGGCCGCGCGGCGGUGGCGCUGGUGCGGCGCGGCGGGUCGCACCGCGCGGGGCCGGUGCGCGCGGCGGCGGCGGCGGCGUUGGCGCGGUUGGCGCGGCACGCGGGCGCGGCGCGGGCGCUGGACCUGCCGCCGGAGCCGCGCGUGAUGCUGCUGCGCGCCGCCGGGGACCUGCUGGGCGACGCCUGCGCGGAGGCCCGCGUGCACGCGCGGCAGCUGUGCCUUGUGCUCGCGGAGGACCACCGCUUCCGGCCGCUGCUCAAAGAGGCGAUGCCUCCGACGCGGUACAGAGCCGUGGAAAAACUCGUCGAUAAAUUACGGACUCGAUAAUACUGAUGAAGUGUACAUAAUAUACUGCACUAAGAUUCUGUAUGACGUGACUGUGUCGGGUUAGAUUUAUAGUCUGGGUAUUAAGACGUCCGAGGGAUUUUCUGAGAUAUGCAGGUCGUAAUUUGUAGUCGAUUUACACGUUGUGACCGAUCGAAUUUUAUGCCGACUGAACUGUGCGAAAGGUAUUUUUGUAGUGAAAUUAGGUAUAAAUGUUGUGUAUAUCUGUAAUUAUUACCUGAAAGGAAGUUACAUUGUUAUCCUCCGAUGGAGCGAACUUUGAUAUUACUCUAUAGAAAUGUAUUUAUAAAUUGUAUAAUUAAAAAUCCUGAUUUUAUUUACCCCUA